CACCACUCCACCACUCCACCACUGCGCCACUAUUCACGAAGUAUAACAGCUGUGUGACUGAGGUAUAUAAGCCUCUGCCUCUUCCAGAGAAUCUGCAGUCACUUCAAUCAUCCAUUCCACCUAGGAACACAACCACCAAUCCUCAAACACCACACAACGCAACAACACCACAGAGUACACCAACCCCAAAAUGUCUCCUCCCCACACAAAAACUCUCUUCAUCCUCGGCGGCAGCGGCUACAUCGGCACCCAGCUCCUACACCAAGCCACCCAACCGCCCCACAACUUCACGACCAUCCGGGCCCUCUCGCGCACCCCGCAAACCGACGCGCACCUGACCUCCCACAACGCCAUCCCAGUCCGCGGCGACCUCAGCUCCCACGCCACCAUAACCACCGAAUCCCGGUCCGCCGACGCCGUAAUCUGCCUCGCGACCGCCUACACCUUCGGCCAGACCGCCCCCUACGACACGCACGGACUGCCCGAGGACAUGGCCGCGCUCGACGCCAUCGCCGCCGGGCUCGCGGGGUCCAACAAACCGCUCGCCCUAGCCUCAGGCACGCUACUCUACGCGCCGCACCCCGAAGGCCUCGAGACCGACGAGUCCUCGCCCGUGGAUCCGAACCCGAUCAACACGCGCUCGAAAACCGACGCGUAUGUGCUAUCCCUCGGCGCGAGGCACGGGUUUCGAGCAUUGAGUGUCCGGCUGGCGCCGUUUGUGUACGGGCGGGGUGGGAGUGGGUUGGGGAUGUUUAUGCGGCAGGCGCAGACGACGGGGUCGCUGGUGACGGUUGGGGGCGGGCGGAAGUGUACGACGACUGUGCAUGUCGACGACGCGGCGGGGUUGUUUCUGUUGGCGGUGGGCAGGGGUGGCGCCGGGGAGACGUUUAAUGCGAGUGCGGAGACGAGGGUCACCUACGCUGAGAUCUUUGGGGCGUUGGCAGAGGUGUUGGGGGUGGAGGUGGUGGAUUUCUCAGAGGUGGAGGCGAGGGAGAGGUUGGGCGAGAUGGUGGCUAGGUUUUUCUCGACGGAGAAUCGCGCGUCCGGGGAGAAGGCGAAGAGGGUGUUGGGGUGGGUGCCUUCUGGUCCUGGGGUGUUGGAGGAUAUAAGGGAAGGUUCGUAUAAGGUGUUGGCCGGGGAGUUGAAGGGGGGGAAUUAGGAAUUGGUAUAUCU